CUUUUUCUUCUCUUUUCAGGUUACAUGCUAACACGUGUUGAGGGAAAAAUUGGAUCACCUGAGAAACCUUUGUCCGAUCUGGGGCUGAUUUCGUACCGAUCCUACUGGAAGGAUGUACUACUGGCGUACCUGUGUUCCCGGGCCGGCACCACGCUCAGCAUCAAGGAUAUAUCACAGGAGAUGGCCAUCAAUUCGUACGAUAUCGUCAGCACACUCCAGGCCCUCGGUAUGAUGAAGUACUGGAAGGGCAAACACAUCAUACUGAAAAAGCAGGACGUUCUCGAGGAGUACGAGGAGCGGGUCAAGCGACGUGGCAACAUGCCCAAGAUCGAUCGCAGCUGCCUCAAGUGGACGCCGUUCGUUGCACCGACCCCGUCCAGCCCGAGCUCCUAGCGCCAGUCGUACCACCACCAUCAUCUUCACCAUCACCAUUUGCAUCCGCAGAACCAUCCCUACCAUUACUACUAUCAGUCGCAUCCGUCGUACAACAAUCAUGGCUAUCAUUACAACAAUCACCACCAUCAUAACAACAAUAACAAUAACAGUUAUGGUGCCAACUAUAACUACAUGGCGGCGAGUGCCCUGCAGUGAGUACAUCUGGAUGGGGAUGGGAGCGAAUUUUAACGAGAGUUUUAUCAAGUGGGAAUGUGCAUGUGAAAUUAUCUGACAUAGAAUUAAGAACGCGCAAUUGUGAAUAAGCUUAAAAAUAACGAUAGAUGUCUAAUAUUUAAUGCAUUUCGUAUUAGUCUGUACAAAUUAGGAACUGAAGUGAUGUUCAUCUAAUAGAAACAAGCCUAGGAAAUAAGCUGUGUAUUGUGUAGUGUAAAAGAUCUAUAACUUUUGCUAUAGGUUAUGUUACCAUAUCUGUCUACUUUUUUUUUAUUGAAAAACAUAAUGGUACUCUAAAAGUUUAUACAUGCUCUGCUCAGAAUGUUGCAUGAGGACACAGAUUAAAAUAUUCACCUUGUAGAUAUGGACAAUUAUAUUUUGAAAUUGUCUUAUUCCGAUGUCCAACAAGGUAGUUUUUUCGAACAAAAAAUGAUUUGCUAAUAUUUUCGAACUAGGAAAAUAGACACUAAUUUAGCUCAACUCGAUCUUUUCGUCGUAAAAAAAAAUCAUUAUCCUUCCUUCCUUCAUUACAGGACCAAAAAAUGAUGUCUUUGUUAUUUUCUAAAUAAUUUUUCAAUAUUUUUAUAUUAAACCAACCGCUUCCAGUUUUUGAGCUUAAAAUUCUGGCUGGUAGGGUAUGUGUACCAUCAGUUCUCACUCUCCCAUAUUCAUCCUAUUCGAAACCAAGUGAUAAUGACACCGAUUGAUUCCGUUCUUUUUGUUUUCAUGCGUGCUCACUUCUAACAAAAAAUACAAAAAUAUGAAGCAAACAAAGCAAACAAAGCUUCAAUUCUUUGUUUUUGAUAGGAUGGGAAUGGGAGCCACAUGCUCAAUAAGGGAACCAAUAUUCAUUUUAUUUUUUUUUUAAAUUUGCGUAAUAACGUACCGUCGCCGUCGAUGGGGGUGAGAAUGGGUCAAAAAAGUAUACUGUCACGUUCAUUGUUUAAUAACUUUCGUUUCUUUGCAUGGAAAAGUCCUUUGAUCAUUGGAAUGUGAUCUUUGGAAAUGCAUACACAAAUGAUGAAAAAAUAUUUGCAGUUCGUCAAUUUUCCUCAAAACCACGACUGUAUGAAAAUUGGCCAAUUCUAACCCCUUUUAAAUUUUAGAACAAAUAUGCCAGGAUUUUCGUUUUUGAUAGAAAGUUUGAGGUAAACUUGCACCACUACUUCUAACUAUCAUGAUUGUGAUCUUUUUAAAAGCAAAAUUAAUUUGGUUCAUUUGAGAAAGUGUUCAAUUUAAUUGUUUUAGACAGACACUGAGAACAUAAUCUUAAAAAUAGUAUGAUCAGAUAGUAUAACAGAUAGAAAAUUAGUAUAAUUUAUGUGAUAGUAUUUAAUAACUGAUAAGCAUAGAAAUUAGUAAAGUGUAUUAAAAUGAUGUUCAAGAAAAUACCUUAACGUAUACAUCCCAAGUAACAAUCAGCAUGCCUUGAAGGUUUAUUCAUGUUUUAUCCUGGUUUUAUACGAGCAUGUCAAAAAGCUAGUUGUUCUAAAUUAGUUUUAUGUGGUAGUUUUUUACUUUGAACCUUUGGCGUUCCAUAAAACUAUCAUAUAACUUCUCCUAUAAACAUCUUCAGUUAAAGACUUGCAAGUAGACAUGAAUUGGUUUUAUCACUUAUUAUAUACCAUUUCAAUAAAACUUGCAUUUGCGGUUGUUGUUGGAGAGAUUUUUUUUGUAAACAAAUACACAAAACUGCGAGCCAAUGCAUAAAACCAACAAAAGAUUUCGUGGCCGUAACAUAAACCAAAAAAAAUGCUGUGAUAAAACCGCUAGUUCUAUCAUGAGCUCAGUUAUGACUACCCCAGGAGGGUUAGCCCUAUUGGAGGAAUCAUCAGGAACACAGAGUUUUAUCAGAAAAAUAUGUCGACUAGCCGGGAUAAUUCAUGCAAAUACAGAAAAAUUAUUACUCAAUUUUAUGAUUUCACGUACAGCUUAAGAUCAAAUUAAACCAUACAACACGUUGCCGUCAUUCUAUUUUGUUAGAAAAAUUACAUUAUGUCUUUUCAACUCCGCUGUGUUGAAAAAACCUUUUUUUCACCCAGUUCCACCGAGUAAAUUAAGUGCAUUUAACUUCCGAAUUAUGCAUAGUUUGUGUGGCGCACUUUGUUUUUGUCAUUAUCACAGUCACAUUCACCACAAAUUUUCCGUGGCAUGUCUCCUGACACGUAUUAAAUAGGAAAUCAAAUCUGAAUUCCAUAUCUGCAUCUUUCCAAUUGAUGGCUGGAUAAACAAUCAAGCAUAAUUAAUUCUGACGAUCAAACAUUGAGAGUGAAAAAUAAUCAAAACAAUUAUUUGACAAGUCAGAAGAUGGUUUUAUUUAGAAGAUUGAUAAAACUAUAAUACAACCCGAAAUCCUAAGCCGGCUUGCAUACGAAGUCCUGUAGACCCCAAUAAGACUGGGCCAACUAGCCAGAACGUGGGCUUAUUGAAGCAUACAAGAACUCGAGAGCAUUUUCAAGUCGGCAUCAAUGGUUUUAUGUUUAGGGUUUUUGAAUCGCUAAAAAACUUUGAUAAAAUUAAAAUUGUUACUUGGGAUGUGCAAGAUAUCUUCCAAUCUUCGUGGAAACACACCAUAGGAUAAUUCGCACUCUGACUAAACUGUAAAUCUCUUAAUAUUCUUACGGUAUCGGCCAAACCACUUUCCACAAUCAGAUCAAGCGUUGAUUCUCAACGACAAAACCCCAUAGGCAAGCGGAAACCUUUUCAAAAAUAAACGAUCCGUCAUUUAAAAUUCAA